CUCUCUCUCUCUCUCUCCCACCAGUUGGUUCCUGCUCAGUGUUUGAAGCAGAGAUAAAAAAAAAACAAGGGGAAAGAAAAAGAAAAUCUCUACAUUUGGAUCAUUUCUCUCUCACCACUAUGCUUCACCUGACGACCGGACGCGUGGGAAGCCUCCUGGCGCAGCGCGUGACCGCAGCCUUGACCUCCAGCAGCGUGAGGAUGGCGAGUCACGGCCACGAGGUGGCAGCGAAUGAGGACUUGUCUCAGCCGAUGUACUGGGACAGCACGAACGUCCCUCUGCCGGACAGACGCUACAAAGUCACGCUGUCCUCUGAGGACGAGAGGCUGAAGCAGAAGGAGAAAGGACCGUGGGACCAACUGUCCAAAGAGGAGAAGCUUGCCUUGUAUCGUCUGUCGUUCAGUCAGACUUUCUCAGAGAUGAAUCAGCCGUCCGCAGAGUGGAAGACGGUCGUCGGCACCAUCUUCAUCUUCCUCGGCCUCACUGGUCUGAUCGUCUGGUGGCAGAAGGUCUACGUUUUCCCGAAGCCUCCCAGGACCUUUGACGACGAGUGGCAGGCCAAGCAGCUGCAGAGGAUGCUGGAAAUGAGGAUGAAUCCCAUCGAGGGAAUCUCAUCCAAGUGGGAUUAUGAGAAGGGUCAGUGGAAGUAGAGAGGGAGUAGGAGGAGGAGGAGGAGGAGGAGGAGGAGGAUGCUCUGUAUGCUGAUGUUAAAACCACUAGAAAAGACGCAGUGACUUGUGCGUCCACUGUCCUCUCUGUGUGUUCGUCCACCUGUGGCCUUAUCAAAAUAAAAUGUUGCCUCUGUCUCUGUCCCAU